UAUUCGCGGUCGCCAGUUGUUUUUUACGUUUUUCUCUUCGGUUUGUUGCUUUGUCCCGAGAAUCACUUUCGAUUAGGAAACAAUGGUGCUCCUUGCGGUUCCCAACGGGAAAACUCUAUCGAUCGAUGUGAAUCCUAAUUCGACCACCAUCUCCGCCUUCGAGCAAUUGGUUCACCAACGCACCGACCUCCCUCAACAUUUCGUUCGUUACUCGCUCCGUAUGCGAAACCCUAGCCGUAUGUUCGGAGAUUCAAAGAUUUCCGAUUCUGUCCUACUAUCCGAUCUCGGUGUUUGUCGUUUCACUACUGUCAUUAUCCAUGUCCCUCUAUUGGGUGGGAUGCAAGGAGCGGCUCCGCCGAAGCCUCGUCUCGAUUUCCUCAAUUCGAGGCCUCCGUCAAAUUAUGUCGCGGGUUUGGGUCGUGGUGCUACAGGAUUUACUACCCGGUCCGAUAUUGGUCCCGCUCGUGCUGCUCCGGAUCUGCCUGAUCGGUCCGCCGCGGCUACAGCGGCUGCUCCCGGAGUCGGUCGAGGGGCAGGGAAGCCAAGUGAGGCGGAUGACGAUGAAGAAGCUGAGGAAAAAGGGUACGAUGAGAAUCAGACGUUUGAUGAGUUUGAAGGGAAUGAUGCGGGUUUGUUUGCUAAUGCCGAGUAUGAUGAUGAUGACAAAGAGGCUGACGCGAUCUGGGAGGCUAUUGAUCAGAGGAUGGAUUCGAGGAGGAAAGAUAAGAGAGAAGCGAAACUCAAGGAAGAAAUCGAGAAAUACCGAGCCUCAAACCCUAAAAUUACUGAGCAGUUUGCGGAUUUGAAGAGGAAACUGCACACUUUGUCUGCGGAUGAAUGGGAUAGUAUUCCCGAGAUUGGGGAUCACUCGCUGCGUAACAAGAAGAAGAGGUUUGAGAGCUUUGUGCCUAUUCCUGAUACGCUCUUGGAGAAGGCUAAGAAGGAAAAAGAGCUUGUCAUGGCCUUAGACCCAAAGAGCCGAGCGGCUGGUGGGUCGGAGACGCCAUGGUCGCAGACAGACUUGACUGCCGUCGGUGAGGGAAGAGGUACGGUGUUGUCUCUGAAGCUUGAUAGGUUAUCGGAUUCAGUAUCGGGGCAAACUGUUGUGGAUCCUAAAGGCUACUUAACUGACCUGAAGAGUAUGAAGAGAACCACUGACGAAGAGAUUUACGAUCGCAACAGAGCUAGAUUGCUGUACAAGAGUUUGACCCAGUCGAAUCCAAAGAAUCCUAAUGGCUGGAUUGCUGCCGCUAGAGUGGAGGAAAUGGAUGGGAAGAUAAAAGCAGCUAGGCUUCAGAUUCAGAGGGGCUGCGAGGAGUGCCCGAAAAACGAGGAUGUUUGGCUUGAAGCUUGUAGGUUGGCCAAUCCAGAAGAUGCCAAGGCGGUGAUUGCAAAGGGAGUUAAGCUAAUACCCAAUUCGGUGAAGCUAUGGUUGGAGGCUGCAAAGCUGGAGCAUGAUGAAGGGAACAAGAGUAGGGUGCUGAGAAAGGGACUGGAGCAUAUUCCAGACUCGGUAAGGCUAUGGAAGGCUGUUGUUGAGUUGGCUAAUGAGGAAGAUGCAAGGAUCUUGCUCCACAGGGCUGUGGAAUGCUGCCCUUUGCAUCUGGAGCUAUGGGUGGCGCUUGCGAGGCUUGAAACAUACGAUGUUUCAAAGAAGGUGUUGAAUAGAGCAAGACUGAAGCUCCCCAAGGAGCCUGCGAUUUGGAUCACCGCUGCUAAGCUAGAGGAAGCUAAUGGGAACGCGGGUAUGGUGGGAAAGAUUAUUGAUAGGGGUAUAAAGGCUCUGCAGGCAGAAGGGGUUGUUAUUGACCGAGAAAAUUGGAUGAGUGAGGCCGAGGCCUCGGAAAGAGCCGGGUCUGUCGCAACAUGCCAGGCAAUUAUUAAGAGCACCAUCGGUAUUGGAGUCGAGGAGGAGGAUAGAAAGAGGACCUGGGUUGCUGAUGCAGAUGAGUGCAAGAAGAGGGGUUCCAUUGAGACCGCAAGGGCAAUAUACGCUCAUGCUCUUACUGUAUUCUUGACCAAGAAGAGUAUCUGGCUUAACGCGGCGCAGCUUGAGAAGAGCCACGGGAGUAGGGAGUCCCUUGAUGCCUUGUUGCGUAAGGCUGUGACAUACGUCCCUCAGGCUGAGGUUCUCUGGCUCAUGGGUGCCAAAGAGAAGUGGCUUGCUGGAGAUGUUCCAGCAGCCCGUGCUAUUCUUCAAGAGGCCUAUGCUGCAAUUCCCGACUCUGAGGAAAUCUGGCUUGCUGCUUUCAAGCUCGAAUUUGAGAACAAGGAGCCGGAGAGGGCGAGAAUGCUUCUCGCAAAAGCAAGGGAAAGAGGAGGGACUGAGAGGGUCUGGAUGAAAUCGGCCAUUGUUGAGAGAGAACUUGGCAACGUAGAGGAGGAGAGGAGAUUGCUUGAUGAAGGUUUGAAGAAAUUUCCAAGAUUCUUCAAGCUUUGGUUGAUGCUUGGGCAGCUCGAGGAACGGUUCAAGCAUCUGGAACAGGCCAGGAAAGCUUAUGGCUCUGGUUUGGAUCACUGUCCUCACUGCAUACCGUUGUGGCUCGCACGCGCCAAUCUUGAAGAGAAAGUGAAUGGGGUGAGCAAAGCUCGGGGUAUCCUCACCAUAGCCCGUAAGAGGAAUCCUCAGGAGGCUGAGCUAUGGUUAGCUGCUAUUCGUAUUGAACUGAGGCACGACAACAAGAGAGAGGCGGAGCACUUGAUGGCAAAAGCUCUGCAAGAGUGUCCCACCAGUGGCAUCCUCUGGGCUGCUGACAUUGAGAUGACGCCACGUCCUCGCCGGAAAACAAAGAGUCUGGAUGCUCUGAGAAAGUGUGAUCAUAACCCGCAUGUCACUGCAGCUGUCGCCAAGCUCUUCUGGCAAGACAAGAAGGUGGAGAAAGCCAGAGUGUGGUUUCAACGAGCUGUGACCCUCGCCCCAGAUGUUGGUGAUUUCUGGGCGUUGUACUACAAAUUUGAACUUCAACAUGGCUCUGAAGAGCUCCAGAAGGAGGUCCUUGCCAAAUGUGUAGCUAGUGAGCCGAAGCAUGGUGAGAAGUGGCAAGCCAUCUCCAAAGCGGUGGAGAAUGCACAUCAGCCUGUCGAGAGCAUCUUGAAGAAAGUCGUGAUUGCAUUGAGCAAGGAAGAGAAGGCUGCUUGAGUUCAACUUUUUAGCUGUUCAUGUUUUUCUUCAGUAGCGAGAACUGAUAUUGAUUUGCUGGAGUGUUUUCACCAGAUACUUGUAGAAUUCUCAGUUUACUGAAUGCUUCAGUCUUCUUUAUUGGCGUGUGGUACAAGUCAUAAAAUCCACUCCAAAGCUUCUUUAGACAGUGUAAGCAACUAACCCCUGACAAAGUUUCUAGAGUUUUUUUUUCCACGCUAUUAAGUAUUAACACUGAUUGUGAUAGUAAAUCCCAUGAAAUCAUAUGCGAAACCUCUUUACAUGUUUAAAUCAACCAACUAGUUUCUUGCUAACCUCCCGCAAUUUCUUUGCCUUCUCUACAACACUUUCUUCCUUUGGAGAGGUGAUUCUCAAACAAAGACGAGCGCUUAUACCAGCUUCAGUAGACCCAUGACUUUGAGCGGCUUAGGCCGUUCUCUCAACCUGUGGUAGCUAACAGUAUAGGUAAGUCUUGAGUAACUAACUAGUUUCGCUAGCGACUUGUUUUGGUUUUAGUGUUUUCUCGUGGUCCUCUUUGGGUACAUAACAUUUGCUGAUUGAAAAGGCAGGAAGAAAAACCGAAUCAUCGGGGUAUUAAGUUCUUUGAACAGUCCAGUUAUGUUAAAUGCAACCAGGGUUAGGUAGAACCUAAUGUGACCCCUGAUUACUUGCCAUGGCAUCUCUGAAACCGCAGAUGAACUUUACUUGUCUUUAUUGAAGUCUCAGUCAUAUAUAUAUAUAUCAACAAGCUGCUCGUCCCAUUGCACGAGAUCACCUUUGUAUCGGUUUUUCCUACAAAGUCUUGGGACAUGUCGCAGUCAAUAGUUAUGAUAGAGUUAAAGGUGUUUAAACGUUUUCGUGUAUUUGGCUUUGAAGAAGUUCCUUGAAGAGAUUGUUAUCUGCCCAAAACCAGGAUCAAAUCUAUCAGAACGCAGCUGACUUUUUUGGCGGUUAAGUAUCUAUAUAGAGCCAUAGGGGGACCGGACUCAACUAAAAACUUAGGGACAAGUCCAAGGAAAUCUGCUUGGCCACUUGGUACGAAAAAUUGGACCACAUUUAGGCUGUGUUGAGCCCAUAACAACGUGACUAACCAAACCUACGUCUCUUUCUAUAAAAUGAACUGAUGUGUACAUACAUCCCUAGAAAAUUCCCUAUUUUAUAUUCUUAAAAUUUCCAUAACGUCUUUAGCGUCAAUCAUUCAAUGAUGAUAAAAGGUUGUAUCGGGUUAUUGACACGUUUUCAUAAAUUUAAACCCCGAUGAAUCGAUGAUACAAUAAUAGUUGUGGGUUCAUAUGGUUUUUCCAUUCACUGAUCCAGUUGUCUUAUGAGCAUUUAUGCUCACCAUUGAUAGAUUUAAAGAAUCGGAUUCUAGAUACAGAGAUAAUGUUUCUGAUAGCCUUUUUGUAGCUUAAAAUUCGGUUCUAGCUGAUGUCUGGCCCAAACUGCCAUAUAAACAUUGAUGAACUUGAUAGAUUGGUCCUGUCUGACUUCGAUAUAGUUGUUAAUAUAAAAGCCGGUCCGGUUUUUAAAUUGUGAGCCAUGACAAGUUUAUUAACCCGCGUCUUUAGUAAACGGAUCCAAAAGUCUUCGAAGAUGAGGUCUUCGCCUCUAUUGAUGUCAAAGAAGAAUAUAAUAAUGCAUUAUAUCAAAUAGGACUCUUCAACUAUAAAUCCAGUAACUAAAGGCUGGUUAUAAGAUUAUAUUUUGAUCUUCAAGAAAACAUAUGCCGACUACAUGUCCAGAAUUAAGAUGGACCCCAAAAAUGCUACCAAAAGCAGAACCAAC